AUGCUCCACCUUCAAAACCUCUUUCAGCAGACAUCACUUCAACAGGAUCUUAUCUUGAAUCUGUUGAAUAGCUUGCAACCAGCUGAGGUUGAAAUUUCUGAUAGAGAACGCUUGCUGCUCACCAAGGUUUCUGAGCUACAAUCCAGUUUAACAAUCUUGACCGAGGAAUUGACUGCCGAAAAAUCAAAAUACGUACAGGAUCUUUUGGUCACUUCCAAGCUAGCAAAUCCAAUGUUCAUAAAGGGGGGGUUAAAUAAACCUCUUGUGAAAGCUGGCUUUGUUGCUACUAGGAUUUCUAUAGCAUCUGCUGAUGUGUCAACAGUGGUUAUUGCCCUUGACUGCGGUUUUGUUCCUGUUUUGGAUGGGGAUGCAAUACUCGAUGAGUCACUGGUAAGUAGCAUCUAA